GUACAUGGAUGAUACUUUUUUAAUUAUGAAAAACGAGAAGGAAGCAAAGAGCAUCCUGGAUAAAUUUAACGAGGUACAUACUGCAAUAAAUUUUACCAUCGAGACAGAAAAGGAAUCUAGUAUUCCAUUUUUAGACGUUUUUAUGACCAGAAAAGAGGAUGGCUCAAUAAGAAGAAGUGUUUAUAGAAAACCUACAUCAACGGGCCAGUACACACAUUUUCUCAGUUUUGUGCCCUUGAAAUACAAACGCAAUUUGAUAAAGUGCCUGGUUCACAGAGCAAGAGCGAUUUGCUCGGACGAAUGUCUUGAUGAAGAACUGAAUAAUAUUAAACGGUUGCUAAGUGAGAAUGGUUAUCCUGAAAAGUUUAUUGAUAAGAAUAUGAAUUUGAAACCAAAGCAGCCGAAGUUACCAACAGUUCCAAAAAAGGCCUUAUUCUUUCAGAUGCAGUUCCUUGGGGACAACACUAGCGAGAUACUAACACAGCGUAUUAGAAAUGCGGUAAAACGAGCAUUCCCUGCUGCUGAAUUACGUUGUAUCUUUAAGACUACUUCUCUUCUGCGUUCGGGAGUAAAAGACAAACUGCCUAAUUUCGCCUCAUCCAUGUGUAUCUACCAAUUUAAUUGCUCCUGUGGAGCCAGUUACAUAGGCCGCACAAUUAGGCGUGUUUCUCGUCGAAUUUCCGAACAUCACCCUGCGUGGUUAAGCAAAGGCCAAACAAAAUCUAUCCGUAGCGCUAUUUUGGCUCAUCUGGUGGAUACAGAACAUAGGAUUGAUGUUAACCAAGCUUUCAGAGUUAUUUAUCGGAUACCAACAAAUCUCAACUUCGCCUUAAGAGUUCGAUUACUAAAUAUUGCUGAGGCUGUUGGGAUCCACAUUAAAAAGCCUAAUUUGUGCGUCCAAAAGAAGUUAGUUCAGACGCUGUCCCUACCUUGGCCAUCUAGGUUUGAAUGAU